GCCGCUCGGCACCUUAUCUCCUCCGUCUCGCGCCACUCCACGGCACCAUGCACUCGCCGGCGCGCUGCGCCGCCACCACCGCCACCGCGUCCCCGCCUCUGCGCGCGCCGUUCGUCGCCAUGGCCCAGCGCGGCCGCAGGCCGCCCUCGUCCGCGCCCCCCGAGGCCGAGCAGCCGGACGAGGCGCUCGCCCGCAUCCUCCGCAGGGAGGCCGCCGUCUCCGGCGUCCCCCGCAAGGCCGCCGCGGGCACCAGCCAGCACUCCACCCGCCUCUGGCCCCGCGCCGUCCUCGAGGCCCUCGACUCCGCCGUCGCCUCCUCCCGCUGGGAGUCCGCCCUCGAGAUCUUCGAGCUGCUGCGGAAGCAGCGGUGGUACGAGCCGAGGACGCAGACCUACGCCAGGCUGCUGAUGAUGCUCGGCAGGUGCCGGCAGCCCGGCCCAGCCACGGCCCUCUUCAAGGUGAUGCUCUCGGAGAAGCAGCUCGCGCCGACGGUGGACGUGUACACGGCGCUCGUUGGCGCCUACGGCUACAGCGGCCUGCUGGACGAGGCGAUGGCCACGGUCGGUCUGAUGAAAGGCGCUGAUACAGACUGCAAGCCGGACGAGUACACCUUCUCCGUCCUCAUCAACUGCUGUUGUAAGUCGCGCCGCUUCGACCUGAUCCCCACCGUCCUCGACGAGAUGUCUUAUCUGGGGAUUGGAUGCAACGUUGUCAUCCACAAUGGGAUAAUUGAUGGAUACGGCAAGGCCGGCAUGCUAGAGGAGAUGGACGAUGCGCUGUCCAACAUGCUUCAAGACGGGGACAAUGUGCCGGACAUAUACACGAUGAACUCCAUCAUCUGGGCUUAUGGCAACCGUGGCAGGGUGGAUGACAUGGAGAAGUGGUACGAUGAGUUUCAGUUGAUGGGCGUUGAGCCAGAUACGCGGACGUUCAAUAUCAUGAUGAAGUCUUAUGGCAAGGCUAACAUGCCUGACAAAAUGUUGUCGAUCCUGAAAUACAUGAAGCGGCGUUUCUUCUCACCCUCUGCUGCUACAUUCAACAUAAUCAUAGAUUGUUUUGGAAGGGCUGGCAACAUUGAGAAGAUGGAGUACUAUUUCAGGCUGAUGAAAAUUCAGGGCGUCAAACCCAACCCCAUCACAUACUGCUCCCUGGUUAAUGGAUACAGUAAAGCUGGGCUCCUUGAAAUGGUUCCUGCAAUUAUUCGACAGACGGAGAACACCGAUGUCGUCUUAGAUACUCCUUUUUUCAACUGUGUUAUCAGUGCAUACGCCAAGUCUGGAGAUAUCGAAAUAAUGGAGGAAAUGCUAGUGCUAAUGAAGGAAAAGAAAUGUAAGCCAGACAAGGUAAUUUAUACCACCAUGAUUCAGGCAUAUAUGGCGCAUGGGAUGGAUGAAGCCGCUAAGUUGUUAGAAACAGAAAUGGAAAGAUUUAACAACAAAUUACUGGGACCAGUUCCUGUGGUUGAUUACAAGUAAACUGCGGCCAUCGUUUUUUAGGGGACAGAGCAGUAAGAUUUGUGUAAUACGAGAUUGGGGAAAGAGAGCAUGUAUGAGAGGGCCUUCGGAGAAUAUGGUUAUAAAUCCACAGAGCAUGGCCAUAAUGACCAGUAGUUCCGUCAACACCAGACUGAGCGUUCCCAGUUCAAUGCCAAUGACAGGCAAUAAUGAACAAUGUGGAAUGGAAAAGCAGCUGUGGCCUGUUGUGUCCAAAACAGGAGUCCCACACGGCCUAAAUGUGCAAAGCCAUUUAAACGUUCAUCUGAUCUGACUGAGUGCACAAGUACAACCCCAGACAGAGGUAACUUGGGAUAUCCAGAAGUGGAAGGCACUGUGGUACAGCAGAUAAGGUCGGGUUCAGAGCUCCAGCCCAUUAUAUAUCCAUAUCAGCAUGUAAACCUAGUGCCCUUUGGUUCUGCAUGAAAAUUCACUGCCAAAAUAAGGGAUAUAGAGAACAAGUCAAAAAGAAACAAACAACCAUGUGAAUUUACUUAAAACUUUUAGCGCUAUUGUCAGAGCACAAACUACACAUUUUCGAAGAGAAGUUCAGUUUUGCAAUGGACACGUACACAUGACAAUAAUUGAUACAGUACAACUUGAACUCCAAACUUCAAACAAAAAGCCAGAGCCUGACUGCUCAUACUCCUGACGGUGGCGCAACCUUCUCUAAAAUGUCCAUAAUCCACGGGCAGCUUGCUGUGAGGUGCUUGAAUCCAUCAGUCUCCUUGACAGCUCGAAGCACCUCCUGUGAAGAAAGGUAUCUGAGACAAGCAUUCUUGAGUUGCGCGGCGUGGUGCUGCUCCGCUAAAGCAAGGGUGGUUGCAACUGUUUGCACAUCAAUUUUCUGGCAUAGGUUCCCUUGACACAUAGCCUUUAGCCUCUCUAGUCCAUACCGAUCUGCGGCAACCAACAGGUGCUGCAAUUCCACAUUCUGAUCCUGAUCCAAGUCACUUGGCAGAGAAUCUGUGUAUAUGAAGUGAAGAAGUGCCUCGAAGACAGAAGGCUCCAUGUCAUCGAUCUUGAUACACUUCAUGGUGGACUCCUUCAUUGGACCAAAGAGCUCAGCCUUGAAAACCGAGGAUCGUGCAGCUAACACGCAUCUAUGUGCAGUGAAGAGUUGACCGCCGACACUGAAUGUCACAUCCACACCUAGCCCAUCCUUCAACAUGUUAGCAAAGUGUGUGUGCAGGUCUGACUGUGGAACUGAGACUUCAGUUGUGCUUAAAUCUUCCGUGCGAGGCUCUUUUAUGACGGUCAAAACACACCUGAUGGUGAAGCAGUCAUCAUCACGGAGUAGCAAUUCCUUGAGCUCGCACUUGUCGGUAAACCUGGGCCAGCCCCGUAUAGUACCUACCGACCGAAAGCCGUUGUUGCUCCACUGCAGAAACACAAGAAGACUGACAUGUAGGCGGCUUUGUCCUCCUCCUCCCAUCCAUCAGGGUAGAUCCUGAUGUCCCAGCCAUAGCUGCCGACGCUGAAUGUGCUCGAGCUAACGAACUUGCCGACUCCCAUGCCCUCGAGCAGCGAGUACCUCGUCACCUCGAAGUUGUGGGCGGCGGUGGCGCACUCCGUCAGGCACCUCGACGAUGUCUCGGGUAUGGGCUUGCUAACUGAAGAAGUUGAAUUGUUGUUACCCAUGGCGCAGAGAGGAAUGGUUUGGAACCUACAAGCUUUCCAGGUGCUGGCUGUAACCUGAAUUAUUAUAUGUGCGUGAGUAGAUAAUUGAUGUGCACCCAUGCGAAGACAACCAAAGUUCCGUUGAUUACAAUGAGAAAUUAAUUAAAGAAGAAAGAGAAGGGAAUCAUAUCUUAUGCCAUCA